AUGUCCCGAGUCAGAGCGUUUCUGUGGACAGUCCUCGCGGGUGUGGGCCUGGGCCUGGUUAGCGGGGACUACUAUUCGGCCAUCAGCGAAGUGGAGCGGCUGCUGGAUGUAGAGGCCUUCCUGGUGGAACGGUUCGAAGAUUACUUGGAAAAAGCCCAGCAGCAGCAGGAGAACAUCGAAAGGUUUCUUCAACAUGUGGAACAGCUGCAUAGUCGGCACGGGGACAUCGAGGCGUUUUUUGGCAACCCAAUCAAUGCCUUCACCACCAUCAGACGCCUCGUCCACGACUGGAAGCACAGUGUCUUCGAGCCGGUCUUCGAUACGAGUAACUUGGAUAACUACAAGACUUCGGUAAGCGCGGGGCUGAAAAAGGCUGAGAUCCAGGAACCGACCAAGGAGGAUCUGCUCGGCGCCACUCGCGGCUUGUGGCGCCUGCAGGAGAUGUACAAACUACCCACAAAGCAGCUGGCGACGGGAAUCUUGGCUCCCGAGGAACAGCGCCAAAUGAAUUUGUCAAUCAGUGCCAGUGACUGCUAUGAGAUCGGGCGGCAUCUUUGCCAGAUGAAGGAGUACUCUUACGGCUCUGAGUGGCUGUUGGAAGCGAGGACCAGACUGCCUCGGGAUCCUUCAGGAUAUGUGCUUCCCAAGAUCACUAAGGUGCAGAUCCUGGAGCAGCUCUCCCCUGCCUUUAGCCAAUUGGGCAACAAGAAGCUGGCCCACAAGCUGAACAACGAAAUAUUGGAUGCGGAACCUGGCCAUGAGGAGGCCGUGAAGAACAAGAUUGUGUACGAGGCGCUGCUGGCACGAGAGAGGAGCAUCAGUAGUAGUCCCAGGAUGAAACUAGAUCCUCCGCAGGAGGCUGCUCCAGAGCCAGAGCCAGAGCUGAAGGAGAGCCAAGAGCUCUACCAGCGCGUGUGUCGAGGAGAACUGCGGCAGUCCCCUAAAGAGCAGCGGUAUCUCAGGUGCUGGUUGAGCCACCAGGAUGUGCCCUACCAGCGCCUCUCGCCCUUCAAGGUGGAACAGCUCAGCGGGGACCCCUAUGUGGCCUAUUUCCACGAUGUGCUCAGCGACAAGGAAUCAGAGCAGAUCAUCGAACACGGCAAGGGGCAGGUGACGCGCUCGGAGAUCGGCCAAACUGGAAACUCCACCGUCUCGGAGAUCCGCACCAGCCAGAACACGUGGUUGUGGUACGAGAACAAUCCCUGGCUGGCGGACAUCAAGCAGCGACUGGAGGACAUCACCGGCCUGAGCACAGACACUGCGGAGCCCCUGCAGCUGGUGAACUAUGGAAUUGGAGGGCAGUACGAGCCGCACUUCGACUUCAUGGAUGACGCCGAAAAGAACUUUGGCUGGAAAGGAAAUCGCCUAUUGACAGCUCUUUUCUACCUGAACGAUGUCCCCUUGGGAGGGGCCACUGCUUUUCCCUUCCUCCAUCUGGCCGUUCCGCCUGUCAAGGGUAGUCUUCUGGUCUGGUAUAACCUCCAUCGUUCCCUCCACAAGGACUUCCGCACCAAGCACGCUGGCUGUCCCGUGCUCAAGGGCUCCAAGUGGAUAUGCAAUGAGUGGUUCCAUGAGGCUGCCCAGGAGUUCAGGAGACCCUGCGCGCUGACCAGCGAUGCUGAAAAGUUCCUCGAACUUGAAAACAAGUAGUGGAUAUCCGGCUAUGAUUAUU